GUCAAGAUUCAGAGGACAAAGCUAUUAAGGCGAUGGUUUCUUUUGUGGGUUCGACUCCUCUCAGCAUCUGCGUCCGCGAUAAUGGGGCGUCUUCUUCGUCGUCAUCUUGCUCUACUGCGUGGAAACCAUCCAAAAUGUUUUGUUCUCUUAGUUUCAGUAGAAAUGAAUUCAACAGAAGGGUAGUUUGUGCUUGUGUAACUCCUCCUCAAAACGUGAAAUCUGCUGAUUCAAAUGAAUUUUCUUCCCCGAAAUUCAAUAGUUCAGCUGAAUCUGAAAAUCUGAGCUUGAUGGUGGAGGCUGGUGAUGGGUCCGAUGUGCUUAUUGAGUGCAGGAAUAUAUACAAGUCAUUUGGAGAAAAGCAUAUUUUAAGAGGUGUGAGCUUCAAGAUAAAGCAUGGAGAGGCUGUUGGAAUAAUUGGGCCUUCAGGGACUGGGAAGUCUACAAUCUUGAAGAUAAUGGCUGGGCUUCUUGCUCCAGAUAAGGGUGAGGUUUUAGUCCGAGGUAGAAGACGGCAUGGACUAAUCAGCGAUGAGGAAAUUUCUGGUCUUCGAAUUGGCUUAGUGUUUCAGAGUGCAGCACUUUUUGACUCCUUGACUGUUCAAGAAAAUGUUGGUUUCCUUUUAUAUGAGAACUCCACAAUGCCCGGAGAUAAAAUUUCUAAGCUAGUAGCAGAGACGUUAGCUGCUGUUGGCUUAAAGGGUGUAGAAAAUAGACUACCUUCUGAAUUGUCUGGUGGAAUGAAGAAAAGGGUUGCUCUAGCUCGGUCUAUAAUUUUUGAUACAACUAAAGAUAUAGCUGAGCCAGAGGUGCUGUUAUACGAUGAGCCCACAGCUGGGCUGGAUCCGAUUGCAUCAACAGUUGUGGAAGAUCUGAUCCGGUCAGUUCAUAUGAAAGGGGAGGAUGCCCUUGGAAAGCCUGGGCAGAUUGCAUCCUAUGUUGUGGUCACCCAUCAACACAGUACCAUCAGAAGAGCUGUUGACAGGCUAUUGUUUCUUCAUGAAGGUAGGGUUGUAUGGCAAGGAAUGACUCGUGAAUUCUCGUCAUCAACUAAUCCUAUUGUUAAGCAGGUAUAUAUGACUAGGAGAGGAAGUAAAGUAAGAUACGAUAAAUUUUGUGACUUGAUGUGUUGUGAUAAUUAAAACAUGGACGGAUUAAAUGUGGAUUUGUUUCCUAGUUUGCAUCAGGGAGCUUAGAUGGCCCAAUCAAAUACCAUUAGGGCUUCCUUGCUUGAAGGAGGGGGGGAGGAAGGAGUUUAAAUGUCUAGUAAUGGUGAGAUAAGACAUUUCGCGGUAUCAAUUUCUUUCAAGGUCAAAACUUGGACACAAUUCAUUCGCAGAUAUAUUUUGUGUUGUGUUAUUUUAUCUACCAGCUUAUGACGUGUCAAACAUACAUUUGGUAUGUUGUACUGCGGGCGUAAUGCAAGUGUAAUAAUGUAAUUGAAUCUUGCUUAGUUGAUUGCCCCUAAAUUAAAGAUGGCUAAAUUGUUUUAUAAAAAAUACGUACCUAGUAA